AUGACAGGUCCUUAUUCUGGCGAGAAUGAGGAUGAUCCCUCCAUCAUGGAUGCCUAUUCGCACGAAGAGGACUUCUCGCCGCAUGAGACCUCCCCCGCAGACCCCAAAACCAACCAGUCCUUGCCCAUGCAAAAGAGGCGACGAGUUGGUCGCGCUUGUGAUGAAUGCCACUGCACGUAUGACCAGCCCUCUAACCGUCGUCGCAACCCGGCCCCGCAAUAUGUGGAAGCUCUCGAAGUACGCAUGCACAAGGCGGAGGCCCUCCUCCGAUCAAUCCUCCCGGAUAUUAACCUCGAUGAUCCGGAACUGGACGUACGAGCCACCGAGCAGCGACUCGUCACCGCGCUGAAGGAGAAGCACACGCCGACCGAGGCCCUCGCGCCAAAACCCCCCGCGGCACCGGUCGAGCCAACCCCUGAGGGCGGGGAUGAGUCAUUGCUCGAAACUAUGGUCGAUAACUCUGGCUGUCUAGAUCGCGAUGACCAGGGCCACUGGGAUUACCAUGGCCAUACCUCCGGCAUCAUCUUUAUGCGCCGUCUGCGUAAACAACUGGGUGCUACCGAGUUGCCUAUAACACGACCGGGCGGACUUACACAAACCCUCGAGAGCCCCAAAUCAGUCUCGGAUUCCCCACAAGAUUCGCCUUUUCCCCCCACACACGAUCUGCCGUCUCGGGUCGUUGCACGACGCUUGUGUCACAAUGCGCUAGAUGACGCUUGUAGCUUGAUGCGCUUCAUUCAUGAGCCAUCUUUCUUCGCCAGCCUCGAGCGCAUUUACGAUAAAUCCCCUGAUCAAUAUACCAAUGAGGAGAACUCUUUUCUACCGCUGCUAUUUAUUGUAAUGGCAGUGGGAUGCUUGUUUUCAGAUGACGGAGUAGGUACCCUCGACCUAGCUGGUUACGAGGGAGCCAUCGGCCAAGGAUUUCAAUUCUUCAAAGCUGGAAGACAGCUUUUGGAGGUUACAGAUUGCCGAGAUCUGACCUCUUUACAAGCGAUUUGCUUCAUGGUUCUCUUCCUUCAAUCCUCUGCCAAGCUUAGUACGUGUUAUUCUUAUGUGGGUAUUGCGCUCCGCUCAGCACUGCGAUUGGGUCUGCACCGUAACGUGAUUGCGGACUUCAACCCGAUUGAGCGAGAGCUCCGCAAGCGCAUAUUUUGGGUGGUACGCAAGAUGGAUGUCUAUGUCAGCACACUUCUUGGUCUGCCACAGAUGCUCAGUGACGAUGAUAUUGACCAAGAACACCCCUUGGAAGUUGAUGGAGAAUUCAUUACUGCGGAAGGGAUCAUUCAAAUGCCCACGGACUACACUCCUCUGAUGGCUGGUCCAAAUGCGCAUACUCGCCUUUCCAACAUUAUUUUGAAGGUGGUCAAGUAUAUUUACCCGGUGAAGAAUGCGAAAUAUCGCUCCAAGUUUGAUCAGCGAUACAUGGUCAGCCAUUCCAAAAUCCGAGAAAUUGAGCGCGAUCUUCAAAAUUGGAUGGAGGAACUACCACCAGCUCUCCGCCCCGGUACAGAAGUGUCUCCACAACUUGAAAGGAUUCGUCAGCUGCUCCGAAUCAGCUAUGCACACGUACAGAUGGUCAUGUAUCGUCCAUUCUUACACUAUGUAUCGGGUGGGUCCCAAGCUCGGGGCGUCGAUAAGCGUUCUUACGCCUGUGCUGCGGCUUGCGUCAGUGUGUCUCGAAAUAUUGUUCACAUCACCACUGGAAUGCACAAGAGGGGUCUCCUGAAUGGAUCAUUCUGGUUCACCAUGUACACAACCUAUUUCGCCAUUCUUUCUUUGAUUUUCUUCGUGGUUGAAAAUCCUGAUUCUCCCACCGCUAAGGAUGGCGUUCUCAAGGAUGCCAUGGAAGGCAAAACCACCUUGGCCGGGCUAGCUAAGAAAAGCAUGGCAGCAGACCGGUGCUCUCAGAGCUUGAAUUGUUUGUUCAAGACAUUGCCCGAAAUGUUGAAGAAUCGCCAGGGCUCGAAACCUCUAGUGAAUUUGAAGCGACCCGCUCCAUCCAGCGUUUCCAUGGAGCCAGAACCUAUCAAGCUUCCCUCAGACCAAACCACCUUGCCUCAUCGCUCAAGCACCUUCCCCACCCAGUUGAUGCAACAUUCUCAGAUUCCGGACCCUUCUACUCGUCGACAAAAGAGUAUGGAUAACCCCAAAGCUAUGAACAACCGCCCCGUUGAUAACGGCUCGCACUCGGCGUGGCUGGCCUCGACACCUGAGCUAUUGACAGAAAGCAUGGCCACCCCGGAACCCAUGGCCUCUAGCUCUUUAAACGCUACCCUUGCCAACCAGGAACCGUCAAGCUUUGUGUGGUCUCAGCAGUCUACCAAUCCAAACAACCUUCCCGAUCUCAUGCCCAUCAUGUUUCCCUCUGACGAUCCGUUCGCGUAUCCUACUCAGCCUAUGUCUACCCUGGAAGACGAUCACUUCCGCCAUGACCGCUCCGGCAUGGCUUCCGCUCAAUUCCCAUUCGACUCUGCUUCACAGUCAGGAAUGGCGAAUUCACCAAGCGACCCGAGUAUCAGCACUCCCGGAUUUGACUUCUCGACGCUUCCCGGCUUUGGGGCAACAUCCGGUUUCAAAUCCUCAGUGCCCAGUCGUCUCCACGCCCCUCCACAAUCAUUGAACUCGCCUCGAAUUCAGUCCCCAAUUUCCCAAAGUCAUACCCCGACCGAAGCUCUAAGUAGCCCUGACCUGGUCUCCAUCCCUAAUCAGAACUUUGUCUGGCAAGGUUACAACUUCCAACCGACAAACGGCAAUCUAGCUUCUGAGCAGCAGCCUAUGCAGCAAGAACCGGUUUCCAAUGGACUUCCAGACUUUACCAUGGGCCUUGACGAGAAUAACAUGGGUAUGAACAUGGAUCUGGGCAUCUCAUUCGAUGACCUGUUUGGGAAUAACACCAACUGCCGCCCUGGUAACGGCGCAUCCAACGAUGAGUGGAACCAGUGGAUGAAUGCCGGCAUGUAA